UUCACAUGCCUCCUUUUCUUCCUUCCAAUUGCAUUUCUUAUGUGUAUUUCUUUCUGCGAUGCACGUGAUUGAAGGCGACUGGAUUGACAUAUGCACAAACAUGUACAGUGAACACUCGAGGAAUGAGCACGCUUUUCUCAGUUGGAAAAGCAAAGGUACAGUUGACGCAUGGGGUAACUAAGCCUGAAUGAUAUGCACAUAGUAUGAUGACGAUCGCGAAGACAACAGAAGGCCUGUCGCCCUACGGAGGUCCCACUGUGCUGGGCCGCAGACCCUGGCCACACAUGUCAACACCUUGACAUUGAUGGCUGCGGCAUUUGGCCAGCGGAAGCGGCGAGGGGCAAUGGAAAGGGGAAGGCGGGAAAUGGAAAAGCCGCCGGAACGGAGGAAACCGCAAAUGGCCAAUAAUUCAAAUUCAAAUGCAACAUUUCAAUCGGCGGUGUCCGGAAGACGCUCGUGUCCAUGUCCGCGUCCGCGGCGGAGAAGGAGAAGGCGAAAGAACGGGCCAACGAGGCGGGUACUUGAUGUGCGAGCGCGUGUGAGUCGCGUCGCUUGGGGUUCGGCUGGGUUUUGGUUUGGUUUGGUUUCGGCUGCGGCAUUUUGGUAUAUCGCAUCACAAGUCCAAAUCGAUUGCCGGGCCAGCUAGUUUAGUUAGGCGUCUCCCUGAUAAGAUACGAAAGUACGAGUUGCGAACGCUUGCGGAGAAUUCCGCCAGAAGAAAAGCACAUUCGGGCACCUGAGCUUGGAGCAACUGUUCCCGGCGGUUAUACAACCAGACAACUAGUCAAGAAGUAAAGAAAAUUGCCGAAAAUGUCUGCCCUGGCCAAUGGUGGAAAGGAGGAGGAUCUGAAAAUUCUGGCUCAGCUGAAGAGCAUCGAGCAGAUCAACGAGCAGCGCCGCAUAUUCCUCAACAGCACGAUCAACGAGGAGGUGCCGGAGGCCACAAACGGAUCGACGGUUCGGGAGGAGGACCUGGAGCAGAAUCUGAAGGGCUUGGACGAGCCGCAGUCCACGAAGAUGCCCCCGGAGGAGGUUGCGAAGAAAACGCCUGAUGAGGUCCCAGCCCAGGAGCAGCAGAAGGAACCCGAAAAGGUGGAGCCAGCCAAGCCUGUGCCCCCCAACACGCUCACCCUGAACGUGAAAUACGCCACGCUGCCAAGUCCCAAUGUGGUGACCCUGCGAUCCCCAAUCUCGCCGCCCCCCAAGCCGCCUAUGCUGGGCCGCACCCGCAGCACAGGUCCCGGCGAUGGCAAGGGUCCAGGGGGCAAUGGAGCUCUCUCGCCCGACAGCUCCCUAAUCCGCCAGAGCUUUCCCGAAGGCGUCAUCACGCCCAGCAAGCCGACAAAGAGCCCUGCCACGCCCAGCGAGGAGGGCCCUUCGACGACCGUCUCCGCCCGCCACUACGAGGGACUGAUCGAGGAGCUGAGGUGUCCCGGCUGUGCCGGCGCCAUGAAGGCGCCCAUCCUGCUCUGCAAGAGUGGCCACAGUGUCUGCGAACAGUGCACCCGCAUUCUGCUCAUGUGCCCGCUCUGCAAGGAACCCUUCACCACCUCCCGAUCGCUGACCGUGGAGGCGCUGUGCGCCAAGGCGCACUUCCGGUGCGGACACGCUUCCGGCGGCUGCCAGGUGCGGAUGCCGGUCGUCCUGCUGCCGUGGCACGAACAGCAGUGCAUGUACAAGCCGAUGAAGUGCUUCAUGGGCCGCGUGUGGGGCGAUUGCCGCUGGCAGGGGCGUGAGGUGCAGUGGAAAGAGCAUCUGGAGGAGGAGCACGACGACCGCCUGUUCCGGUCAAGCAGCGCCGAUCUGGAAUGGAACCUGGCCACGCGGCGGAAACCGCUAACCGGCUACUACGUCUUCCAGGCGCACGACGAAAUGUUCAACUUCUACGAGAUCCACGAUCGCCAGCGCGUACUGUUCACCAUGACCUGCACGUCGAACCGGCGGGACAGCAAGUACAACUACGCCUACGAGGUGACAGUGCUGCAGCCGGACAACGAGGCGCUGUCCAUGACCCAGAAGUUUCCCGUGCACAGCGAGUACGACAAGGAUAUCCUGAUGGAGGGCACCUGUGUCAGCAUUCCGCUGACGGAGCUUAACCGCUUUCUGGAUCAGGACAAGGUUCUCCACUACCGCGUGAGUGUGCUGGCGGUCAAGUCGCCGCGUCGCGCAAAGCCACCUCGCCAAAGUCUGCCGCAGCCGGUGGACCUGGAACAGGCCCCGAAUGGAGGCGUCAACGUGAAGAGCGUGCCGACCAACAUGAUCAUUACGCGCACCUACAAGGAGGCCAUCGGCGAGGUGGCCAAAGCGGAUGUGGCCAGUCCGGACUCGGAGGAGGAUCCGGCUGCCGCCGACGGCACUGGGGCCAUUGGAACCGACGGAGCCGGCGGCGUGGAGCUCGAGCGCAAGUGGGGCACACCGCAGCUGCACUUCAACCGGAAAUAUCUGCGGAACACUCUGAACGACGCCACGCCCGCGGAGGACGAGCUGCGUCCGCUGGCCGCCGAUCUGCGCAACGGACAUGGCGACGACAAGCUCUCCCAGUGCAGCAACAGCACGAGUUACACGAAAAAGGUGUCGGAUUCGCUGCGAAGAAGCUUCCGGGCACUCAAGGCGGAUAUCGUGGAGCUGCGCACGUUCAGCAAGAAGGCAGUCAGGGCUGGGUCAAGCUCUCCGGUCCAAACCAAUGGCAAGUAGUCAUUCCGUGUGUGUGCCUCUUCUAAUUCGUCAACGGCCAACAGUUGAAAGCAUGUAAAUAUAGCAAAUGUUUUAAUCUAUUGUAUAUGUACUAAAACCGAAAUAAAAAUAAAAAAAAACCAAUUAUACUCCACA